CCGCCUUCGCAACCCGGAACACAGUCGCUCCGCUCCCCCAAGUGAACGAGCGCGCUCGGCUGCUGGGCGGUCGCGAGGGCAGCCUUGUGUGUUUCCUUCGGCACACUAAAUACGCGUCGGUUCCUGAUUUGGCUUUCGGCUACGCCUGCCAAGUCUUCGUGCAGGUGUACUGGCUGGGCUCUUGCCUUUCUCUCUGCUCGCAUCAAAUUGUACAUUCAAUCUCGCGCUGUGGGCGCCGGGGGGGGGGGACCGAGCAACCCGUCAAGCCAGCCUGAUGGCCGAGCACACGGAGUGCUUUGGGCUGCUCCCAGCCGAUUGGGAGGCGCUCCAAACCAGCUCUCUCAGAAACAUUGCCGAGUUUCAGGAGCUGCUGGAUGUGCUGCAACACGCCGCUCUGGGCCAGCCCGAUCACUGGCUAGCUCGACGGCCCCUUAUCAUUGACGGCAACUACCAUGCCGCUGGGGAAGACCAAACAUUAAAUCGACUUUGGCUGCGACUGGCCAAAAUGUUGCUUGAAAUCUCAAGAACUACACGAGUCGAAGAACAGGUGCAUCAGCUUCACCUGGCCAAACUUUGGUAUAUUCAUGCCAUUGACGCCUUUGUCAAAGCCGAACAAGCGCUUGCCGAACGCAUCAAAAGACGCCAGCGCUCUAUCGAUGGUCGGACAUCACCCUCCAGUCCCGGGAGUAAACCUCCCGUUCUACCGGCAAUUGGCUCCCAAAAGCUACAGGCCUCACCACUAGAUAUCCCAGCGCCCCCUUCGCCUCACCUAAACGAAAAACCAUUGACUUCCCAAGUAGUUCCCCAAAUCGGCGCUUCCACCCAACGAGCAGGCAUACUUACGGCCACUGUCGCUUCUCCGUUGGAUGACACCCAACGAGUCGGGUCCCGCGCCAAGCGGCAUGGCCCAAUUCGCUCUCAUGCACAAAGGUCGACAGCGUUCAAAAGCAACGAAGCUGAAGCGCCUGUUCCUCUGCAAAAGGCCCACGAAAGCCUCGAUGCAUCUGCCCUCUUGCGCAGCAUCUCGGAUCUGCCUGUGGCAACCAUUGCCGCACAGCAAGAACUGCGGCAGCUUCGCCAACGCCAACCUGGGCCACUCACUGAGGCUGCCCGUUCGGAGAAACUCACUGAUAACACCAUUGAAGGCUUGCUGAGACAACAGGCAAGCUCGGGCUUCUCACUGCGCUGA